AUGCCCUUCCUCGUGAACGUCGUCACCUCGAUGUCCAGGAACAAGGGCAUGUACAAAUCCGCGGUCACGAUCAUGCGCAAGCCCUCCUUCGCCAACCUGGACCAGAUGUUGCUCACGUACUCGGGCUCGCCCCUGAUCAUGUCCUCGGGGUCGAUCCAGCUCGCGAUGAUGACCUCGCCCAGGCUCAGCGCCUCGUCCAUGUCCAUUUUCCUGAGCUUCUUUGUGACCCUGUACAUCCUCAUGUUCGAGUCCGAGCACAGGAGCAAGAUCAAGCCCAUGGUCGAGAAGCAGUCCGUGCACGUCUCCAUGUUCAACCCUGGACGUGUCGACAGCCAAGGUGGUGAUCGAAGACGACUGCGUGUUCAUCAGGGAUACUUCCCACUGUGGGGCCUGGCUUCAAACAAACUCGGGGUCUUGGAUAAGAGGUUGGUCGACUGGGCGGUCUCGAGGAGAUGCAUCAUCACGGACAGGAUCUCGUACUACGUCUACUGCAGGAACAUUGCCUCGUGGUCGCAGAUGGAGUCGAUCAACGCCGUGUGCGAGCUCCUGGAGACUACUGCAACCGACACCAACGCCGCGGUCAGCUACACGAAGGCGCUCAUCAAGUUCUACCGUUGCUGUCCAGGCACACGAACAUGCGCAUCGCCAAGAGCGUCCGCAUCGACAUCAGAGGACCCGAGCACGUGUGCCAUGUGCUCGAAGGAGAUGCAGCCCGAGGUCAACCUCUGCGCCGAGGGCACGCGGGGUAACAUCUGCAUCAUCAAGCCCAUGAAUCAGAACCAGAUCGCGUUCAGCGUCAACAUCUCGAAGCCGAGGGGCGGCUCGCGCACGUACAUCAACGUCAAGCCGUUCAUCACCGUGGUCACGAGGAUGGAUGUGUGCGACAGCUGGCAGAAGAACGGGCAGAGUGCCUCAGACGAGCACGAGAACGGCUUCAGAGGCGUGGUCACGGCCUCGAAGACGUAUCCGACCCUGUCCGACCCUGUUCGAACCCGCGCAAAUCCACACGUUCACAUCCUUCCGGAAGAAGGAGGAGUAGCAGAUGGACGUGAUGAUCUGCAAGACCGACAUCGAGUUCUACUCCAAGCCAUAGCUACGAACAAGUUCGCGAGGAUGCUCGCGUUGAUCCUUGGGACUGGGUUGUACCCCGAGAUCACAGAGGAGGAGAUGAAGUACAUCACAGCCUCAGAGCUGGGCCACGUCGCGGACUUGCUCGAUAUUAGGGACGCCUUCCCGUAUAGCGAUCGGUACUACAACCCAAUCAACAACGUGGACCCGACUAUGCACACAUUCAGGCGGCUGGUCAACGACGGAAUGCACAAGGACCUCUAUGCGCUCAUGUUCGCGAACAGGCUGAUACUCUGGAUCGUGUGCCCACAAAGGAACAUGGAGGAGAUGAUGGAGGUCAUGAACAAGGCGAUGCCCACGCACGGGUUGUACGACGUGCCUGAGGAAUUCGACGACAUCUUCGGUGCUUCGAUUGGGUGGCUCGGCAUCAACGCGAGCCCGAGCUACGAGACACGUGUGUACUUGUUCGACCAACCACUGUUCAGAAGGCGAAUGCGUGACGAGCAGAGAAGUACACGCCGGACGACGGCGGACAGCGGCAUGUUGACCUACCUCUCCACGACGGCGCCCAGAGGUACGUUGAGGUUCAACUACGCGGUCAUGCCCGACAUCGAGGAGCUCAACAAGCGCAGGAGGGGGAUCAGGUACACCACCAACUCCACGAUCGAGGACAUCUUCGGGGACCGGAUCAUCCACGGACCACAUCGACUCGAUCACGCAGAUGAAUCCCUUGCCCACAACACGAUCAUCAACACGUACAUCUGCAUCAACAUGGACUUUAAGAGGAAUGAGACCAUGCACAUGAUCUGUAUCUGGUGCGAGAAGGUGAGCACGCACUCAGACUUAGACCUCAAGAGGAUGAAUGACAUGAACAUGAAGCCAAACAAGAAGAUGAUCAAUGUUGGCACUAUAAUCAUGGCGUGCACCUCGUGCAUGAACGACCUCAAGCUUAACCAUAUGCCUCGGGAUGAGCUCAUGAAGAUGGAGAUGAACUUGUACAAGCGCAUGGUUGAGAGGACACUUGCGAUCUCGAGCUCGGUCUGGUGCACGAACGAGAACAUGUAUGCGACCAUGUAG